GAAAAUUCAAGACCGCAAAAAUAUCAACAUGGAGGACGCGACAAUGGUUCCUGCGGAACGAUCCGAGGCGAAAAAGGACAAACCUGAGAAGAUGUUCACCCUGAAGAAGUGGAAUGCGGUGGCGAUGUGGAGCUGGGACGUCGAGUGCGACACUUGUGCCAUUUGCAGGAUACAGGUCAUGGAUGCGUGUUUGCGUUGCCAGUCGGAGAACCAGAAGCAGGAAAGCGGCAAGCAGGACUGCGUGGUGGUUUGGGGCGAGUGCAACCACUCGUUCCACUACUGCUGCAUGUCCCUGUGGGUGAAGCAGAACAACCGGUGUCCCCUGUGCCAGCAGGAGUGGACCAUCCAGCGUCUCGGACAGUGAAUAACCAACCUCAUUAACUUGAAUUCAAAAAUAUACUUUCCUGUUGUGUGAUCAGUUUUUAAAUGAAAAAAAAGGUGCGGCGACAAGUUGAAGUGCAUCCAAUUUACGAUUACAUUACUUGUGUUUUCCACGGUUGCUCAACUCAUUAACUCUCGAGACGUUUGAUCUUGCAUAAGUGAUGAAAAAGAGCAGAUCGGCGUCACUGAUUUGCAUUUUUAUUUUGUUCGAAGACGGAAUUCAAGAAAAGGCAAAUGCGUUUUGAUAAUUAUCAAAAGAGAACGGGGAAUGCAGGGGAAUGUGUAUAUUAUUUUGCGAAAUUUAGUAAUAAAAUUUGAUUUAGAAAAAAGA